CUGAGAACAAGUGGAAUUCAGCAUGGUGGAUCCUCCCAGCCAGGGUGAGGGGAGGGGGCCCGGACCCACGGUGGGGCAACAAGACCCAGCAGAGUUCCCAAAGUUUUCCAGAAGACGGCGGUGCUGUAGGCCCGGGGUGCAGCUGGCGCUGCUGGGGCUGGCGACUGUCAUGCUGUGGGCCGGGCUGCUGACCCUGCUCCUCUUCUGGCACAGGGACACUGUACAGAAUCUGAAACAGCUGGAGGUCGCCGCCGCCCAGAACGUCUCUCGGGUUUCCAAGGACUUGGAAAGACACAACGGUGACCAGAUGGCCCAGAAAUCCCAGGCUGCCCAGGUGUCACAGGACAUGAAGGAAAUCCAAGCUGAACAGAAGAGAAUGAAAGCUCAGGACUCCGAGCUCUCCCAGAACCUGGAUGCACUUCGUUCGGACCUGAGCAACCUCAAGUCCCAGAGCUUGAACGAGAGAAGCACAGCCUUGCAUUCACUGGAAAGACUCCAGGAGGAGGUGGAGAAGCUGUGGAUGGAGCUACACGCGUCCAACGCCCGGACCCCAAGGGUGACUCCAGGAGAGACGCUGCCACCCGUUCUGUCUACCAUACCCGUGGUGCCAACCACAGUGCCAGCCACGGCGCCAACCACGGCGCCAGCCACAGUGUCCACCACGGUCCCAGCCACGGCGCCAACCACAGCGCCAACCACGGCGCCAGCCACAGUGUCCACCACGGUCCCAGCCACGGCGCCAACCACAGCGCCAACCACGGUGCCAGCCACAGUGUCCACCACGGUCCCAGCCACGGCACCAGCCACGGCGCCCGCCACGGUGCCCACCACAGCCGCCCCCCUGAGCCUCUCCUCCACCCCAGGCUCCGAGUGUAACACGUGCCCUGAGAAGUGGCUCAACUUCCAGAGGAAGUGCUACUACUUCGGCGAGGAGCCCAAGAGGUGGAUCCAGGCCCGGUUUGCCUGCAGCAAGCUGCAAGGGCGGCUGGCCAGCAUCCACAGCCAAGAGGAGCAGGACUUCCUGGCCAGGUAUGCCAACAAGAAGGGCACCUGGAUUGGCCUCCGGGACCUGGACAGAGAGGGGGAGUUUAUCUGGAUGGACGAGAACCCCCUGAACUAUAGCAACUGGCGGCCUGGGGAGCCCAACAACGGGGGCCAGGGCGAGGACUGCGUGAUGAUGCAGGGCUCGGGGCAGUGGAAUGACGCCUUCUGCGGCAGCUCGCUGGACGGCUGGGUGUGUGACCGGCUGGCCACGUGCUGACUGCCCACCGGCUGCCUCGGCACCCCGGGGUUCGCUGGGAUGUGCUCCGAGACACACACCCCGACAGCCCCCUGCCCGCCCUGCCAGCUGCACCGCCUCCGUCGCUCCCCAGGUACAGCCAGGCCCCCCCGCAGGGCUCUGAGGCCCCUCCACCAUUUGGGGCUAAGGUGUCGGCAACACUUCCUCGCACCCAAAUGGCAGAAGGGCUGUUGACACACCCCCAGCUCCUGCCAAUCCCCAGAGGGCCCGUCCCUUGCUCCUCAGCCCAGCCCGGCUGGCUGUCACCUCGCCCCUGCCUUCAAGCGCUCGGAGUACCCACCUCAGAACUUUCCGGGGAGCAGUGGCGGAUGCCUCAGACUCCUGGGUCGGGCCCACCCACCUUCUGCUGGAGUCAGGAGUCGACCACACCCCCACCCCAGCCCCGGCCUCCCCAGAUGCAGCCCCGGGGUCCUACCCCCCAGCCAGGCUCCCCAACCAGCCCAUGUCGAUAAAAUGGGGCGAGGAUGGCCCCCUCUCAGGGGCCUCGCUGGCUCUGGUCUCCAGAUGUGGGAGCUGGGAGCUCCAGAACCUGGUGCCUGAGGCCACCUCUGAGUUUCCAGAACAACUGAAGUGGUAUUUGUACCUCGCCAACUUUAUCCAGCGCCACCCCCACACACACACACACACACACUUUCUUUCAAGAAGCAUUUACUAGACAGGGCUGGAGAGGAAGACUCUGGGGUCUGAUGCAGCAGAGAACACCCUUAGACCCCCAGGAAUAUCGCAGGCCACCCCAAUUCCUGGCAAAAGCAGAAGGAACCAGAGAUGUGCUCGUGAUACUCAGGCCCCCUGGAGGGGAAUCCACGAGGAGGGGCCCACACCGGACCGCGCGGGACCCGGGAGUCACGGGCCAGGCCAGGGGGCUGGGGAGGGCGCCGCAGUGGCACCUAGGAGUCCUGCGGCCAGGGAGGGGCGGGGGCACGGCUAGUCCUAGGUCCCCUGUUGUCUACCCCCUGCUCACCCCGUCUGUGCCUCCUCCAGACCCCCCCACCCUGAACUCCGGGCCAGAGUGUAACUGUCUUCCUGAGCUCUCUAAAGGGGACUCCCGGCCCCACCCUGCCACCCACACCACAUUGGGGUCACAAGCAGCACCUGUUUCCCUCCCUGCCCCCUCCGAAUCCUCAGGGAAAGCCUUGUGCACAAUCUGCCCACUUCCCACCGCCUCCGGCAACCGCUUUGGGGUAGCCCCCAUCCCAGCCUGCCUGUCUCCUUCUUCACUGCCCCACACCUUCCAGAAGUUUCCUUCUGCCUCUGAGGGGAAAACAAAAACAAACCUAAAGUCUCAUAGGGAGCUUUGCAAUGGCAGAUCCCCUGCGACUUGCCUUGUCUCCCCAGCUUCACUUCCGCUCUCUCCUCUGCCAGCCCCAGCCUCCUUUCUGGCCCUUCCACAUGGAGGCUUGCUCCUGCCCCAGGGCCUUUGCACGUGUCCCUCCCCCCACUCGCUCCUCAGUGAGGGCUAUCAUGGGCUCCUCUCCCCUCUCGUUUAAAACGGCACCCCGACUCCAGAUCCCUUUUAUCCUGCCCUACUUGAUCGCCUCGAACUCUUCCCCUUCUGAGAAAAUGUGUCAUCCACCGCUCUGUGUGUUCCGUCCCCCUGGGGCUUGAAUGUGAGCCUUGAGGAGGGAGCUUUUGUUUUGUUCUGGGACGCCAGCGCCUGACACAUAGUAGGUGUUCAAUAAAGAGCUGCCGAAAAAUGAA